UCUCAAAUAUCUACCCGUGCUGAGUAGGUGGAAGAAUACAAUUAUACAUAAGCAUCGACAUCAUAUGUUGGGCAUUUUCUUUUAGUUGAUUUCACUGGACGAAGAUCCUAAAGAUGGCUGCUUUUGCCCCGCUGCCGUUAACUUCGCCUUCUUUACAUCCUGUUGUCCAAUUCUCACCUCUUGUGUUCUCCUCAAAAGUUCUAUAUGACCCAAGUUCCCAUUGCCUCACCGUCGGAUCAAUAAGACAUGCAAGGCAAAAAUUCACCUCCCAGACUAACCCGAGGAGCCUGAUAAUCCUUGGUGCAGCAACAAAAAGAGCAAAAACACCAGCUGAAGAGGAUUGGAAGGUGAAGAGGGAACUUCUGCUGCAGAAAAGGGUUAGGAGUGUGGAUGCGAAUGAAGCUCUGCGCCUUCAGAAGGAAAAUAACUUCGUGAUUCUUGAUGUGAGGCCAGAAGCAGAAUUCAAAGAGGGCCAUCCACCAGGGGCCAUUAAUGUGCAAAUUUACAGGCUGAUAAAGGAGUGGACAGCAUGGGACAUAGCCAGGCGAGCUGCAUUUGCAUUUUUUGGCAUCUUUUCGGGUACAGAAGAAAACCCAGAAUUCUUGCAAAGUGUAGAAUCUAAAAUAGCUAAAGAUGCCAAAAUAAUAGUAGCAUGCUCAUCAGGUGGAACAAUGAAACCUACCCAGAAUCUUCCAGAAGGUCAACAAUCAAGGUCAUUGAUAGCAGCCUACUUGUUGGUUCUCAAUGGCUACACCAAUGUAUUUCAUUUAGAAGGUGGUCUCUAUAAUUGGUUCAAAGAAGGAUUGCCUGUAGAUUCAGAAGAGUAAGAUGGUCUCUACAAGAUUUUCGGAAGUAAAAUAGGUUGUCAUUUUUGGUGGGCGCCCCAUUAGAGAGCAGAGCCAAGUGCUCUGGCAAGACUUGCUUGGGUUGUGAGUGUUAACCACUACAGCAUCCCCAGGAUCCUCCUUUGUAAAUGUUCAAUUAUAAGUUGGACAGAAUGGAAGACUAGAUUUUGUUUCACUGCGGAAAUACCCAUUCCCGUUUGAUGUUUAGUUUGCAAUGAAAAAUGUGUAUGCAUAAGUUUUCGCUGUAAUGCUGCAACUAUUAUGAUAUUCCAGUUGAGGUAUUGAACUCAUAAAUCUGUAAAUUCGUUCAGCUUAUUAAAAGCUAGAAGAUUGUAUGUCCUAUGAA